GCGCCGGUAAAGGGAGCUUCGUGGCCCGCAGAGUGAGGGUGGUUGCUGCGUUCCUGGGGACCUUCGUCCGCGAUACAGCAGUGCGGCCAUGGCAGAACCGCAGCCCGCGUCCGGCGGCCUCACCGACGAGGCCGCCCUCGGCUGCUGCUCCGACCCGGACCCCGGCACCAAGGAUUUUCUCUUGCAGCAGACCAUGCUGCGAAUUAAGGAUCCUAAGAAGUCAUUGGAUUUUUAUACUAGAAUUCUUGGAAUGACACUACUCCAAAAAUUAGAUUUUCCCACUAUGAAAUUUUCACUCUAUUUCUUGGCUUAUGAGGAUAAAAAUGACAUCCCAAAAGAUAAAGAUGAAAGAGCAGCAUGGGCAUUCUCCAGAAAAGCUACACUUGAACUGACACACAAUUGGGGCACUGAAGAUGAUGAGACCCAGAGUUACCACAGUGGCAAUUCAGACCCUCGGGGAUUUGGUCACAUUGGAAUUGCUGUUCCUGAUGUUCACGGUGCUUGUAAAAGAUUUGAAGAACUGGGAGUCAAAUUUGUGAAGAAACCUGAUGAUGGUAAAAUGAAAGGCCUGGCAUUUAUUCAAGAUCCUGAUGGCUAUUGGAUUGAAAUUUUGAAUCCUAACAAAAUGAUAACUAUUAUUUAGUUCUGUGAGAAUGCUGCUUUGAGAUUUCAGUGAAGACAUUGUGGAAGGUAAAAAAGGAGACAAUGUGAUUCAAGAUAUUCAGUUAACAGAAGCAUCUAGGACUGAUGGAUUAUAGUCUCAAUUAAAAUUAUUCUUAAGUCCAUUUCCCUUUCCUAUCUCAGCUAUGUUUUUCACCUAACUGUUCAGUCAUUCUAGUUUUAAAGUAGUGCUUUGUCUUAUGUCCUUGAAUGUAGUUGUAUAACUACUUUUUUAGGCAAUAAUUAGAACAGUUCCCUUCAGAGGCUGCAUUUGCCUUCUAUCUUCUGAAGAGAUACAAGUCUACAAGUCUGCCUUUGAAUCAUCAUUUUCAAAAAAAAAAAAACCACUUAAUAUGUUUUUGUUGUGAUUACCUUCUGGGGUUUCAGUUCCUCAGAAGUAACUUCAGAAUGGGAAGUAAAGAACCCCGAACAAAAAUGAAGCUUCAUGUAUAUUUCAAAUAGUAUAAAGUUUAUUUUACAAAAGAAAAGUUACUCUUGGGAGAAAUUCAGAAUUAUGCUGACAAGGAUGUGGAUAGAAAAACUAAUUUCUUCUUCUUUACAAAGUACUUUGAAAGUUGAAGGACUAACCUCUUUAUUUUGGGAUGGGGAAGAGGAUGGGAAUAUUACAUACUGGGUAGGCAGACACAGACUAGGCUGUCACAUACUUUAUCUCCCUUAAUCCUCCACAGUAUCCUGUGAGAUAGAAAGUAGGCUGGACAUGCAAAAUAACUUUAAUGAAUCCAAGGCAAUAUAAAUAGGCUAAGGACUCAAGAUCUCAUCAUCAUUUUUAGUAUUUAGAUUAUACCUCAAAAAUUAGUACCUUGGGGCUUCCCUGGUGGCGCAGUGGUUGAGAAUCCACCUGCCAAUGCAGGGGACACAGGUUCAAGCCCUGGUUCGGGAAGAUCCUACAUGCCACAGAGCAACUAAGCCCGUGUGCCACAGCUACUGAGCCUGCGCUCUAGAACCCGUGAGUCACAACUACUGAAGCCUGCGUGCCUAGAGGCACGUGCUCCACAACAAGAGAAGCCACCGCAAUGAGAAACCCGCGCACUGCAACAAAGAGUAGCCCCCGCUCACCACAACUAGAGAAAGCCCGCGUGCAGCAACAGAGACCCAAUGCAGCCAAAAAUAAAAUAAAUAAAUUAAAAAAAAAAUUAGUACCUCACAAUACCUCCUUCCCUAGUGUUCUUUGUAAAAACCUUCAAAGAGUUUGAGCAUUGUCCUCUCAGCUUUCAAGCCCGAGUACCACGGUGAGGAAGAAGCAGUGGAGGAAGUCUGGAGUGUGCGGCUGCUCUGGGGAUGCCUGGUUGUCCCUGUGCAACUGGUGCUUGUGUUACUUGUGAAGAGCCCCUACCCCAAGGUCUUCCAGAUGCCAGUAAUCAUUUAGGAUAAAUUAUGUUCAGUGAUAACAUAACUUAGUUAUCAGAAAUCAGCUCAGUGGUCUUCCCUGCCAUGAUUGACAUUUGAUGGGUUUCAAAAACCAAACUGAGGGCUUCCCUGGUGGCACAGUGGUUGAGAGUCUGUCUGCCAAUGCGGAGGACACGGGUUCGGGCCCUGGUCUGGGAGGAUCCCACAUGCUGUGGAGCGACUGGGCCCGUGAGCCGCAGUUGCUGGGCCUGCGCGUCUGGAGCCUGUGCUCCGCGGCGGGAGAGGCCGCGAUAGUGAGAGGCCUGCGAUGGUGGGGGGCCUGCGCACCGCGGUGAAGAGUGGCCCCCGCUUGCCACGGCUGGAGAGGGCCCUUGCACAGAGGCGAAGACCCAACACAGCCAUGGAUGGAUGAAUAAAUUUAAAAAAAAACAAAAAAAAACACCAAACUUAUUUUGAAAAUCUCUUAUGGCACAGAUAAUAAGAACAUCCAGUUUGUGGUUUAACUACAUUUGGAUUUUUUGUGGACUCUAGUGGAAGACCUUUGGAUAGGCCUUGCCUACUGUGCUUACACUGCUAGAAGCACUUUCAUUUCCUUUUUGGAUGGAAUGGAUUUAUGUGAGCAGUUCAAACAAAUAGCAGUACUUAUAGACUGAAGUAAAAUAAAAUUUUAGAAAAGAC